AUGCCCACCGUCGUGCCCUUUCUUGGGCGCAUCUCCUUCACGGACUAUGUCAUAUUGUUCCUAGUAAGCCUCGAGAAGCUCCUGGCUGUCCUGCUCAAUUGCAUCCCUCAGGCGCUGUUCGACGCCGCAGCGCUGCUAAUCAACUGCGUCACGCGCAAGGCCGUGAACCCUGUGGACGCGAUGGCUCGGCAGCUGCGCGACGCGCGCGGUAUCCACGAGAUGGGCCGGCUAUUCGACGUGGACAUCGAGGACCACAUUGUGCGCACUGAAGACGACUACCUGCUCACGGUGCACCGCAUCGCGCCCCGCGAGGGCAGUAGCAACGGGCAGGUCGUGUACCUCCACCACGGGCUGCUGAUGUGCUCGGACGUCUGGAUGUGCAACACGGCGCGCGAGCGCAACCUGCCUCUGGUGCUGCACGAUCUGGGCUUCGACGUGUGGCUGGGCAACAACCGGGGCAACAAGUACUCGACCCAGCACCUGUACCGGCGGCCAGGGUCCCACGAGUUCUGGGACUUCUCCAUUGACGAGUUCGCCUUCUUCGACAUCCCCAACUCCAUCGAGUUCGUCCUGGAGCACACGCAGCUGCCGCAGCUCAUCUGCAUCGGCUUUUCGCAGGGCUCCGCGCAGACCUUUGCAUCGCUGAGCGUGCGCGAGGACCUCAACUCCAAGAUCAGUCUCUUCGUCGCCAUCUCGCCCGCGAUGACGCCGCAGGGCCUCCACAACCGCAUCGUCGACUCGCUGCUCAAGUCGAGCCCGCGGCUUAUGUAUCUGUUCUUCGGCAACCGCAUCCUGCUUCCGUCUGCGACUGUCUGGCAGAAGACACUGCACCCCACCAUAUUCAACUUCAUCAUCGACGUUGCCAACCGCGUCUUGUUCAACUGGCGCUCGGAGAAUAUCUCGCCGCACCAGAAGCAGGCUUCUUAUGCCAAGCUCUACUCCACAACCAGCGUCAAGAGCGUUGUACACUGGUUCCAGAUCCUGCACGCGCAGAAGUUUCAGAUGUUCGAAGAAUACGACAUUGUCAUAAACUCCUGGAACCCGACACGCUCAUACCAGAUUACUACUUUUCCCACCCGAACUAACAUUCGCAUCCCGGUUCUACUGCUAUAUGGAGGCUCCGAUUCGCUGGUCGACAUCGAGGUUAUGAAAUCCAACCUGCCUUCGAGCCAGGUAUUCGAUGUCAUGAUCCCAGAGCACGAGCAUCUCGAUCUCAUUUGGGGCAGGGAUGUUGCGAACCUGGUUAUUCCUAAUGUUCUCCGCUUUAUCUGGUUCUUCAACGAUGUUAAGGCUCUCGACAAAGAAGCCUCUUUCGAGGGCGAUGCUGACGACUACGACGACGCAACUGGCGCCCUGGACUCCGUUCAAGACCUCGCAAGUCCUUUCAAUAAGUCUUACAGUGCUAGUACGUCUACUAAAGAUAUAUAG